CAAUAAAAGGCGAUAGUUCAGAUGCGACUGGUACGUAUGAUCCACGGUACGGAAAUCAGAAUUCUGACGACCCCAAACGAGCAUAUUACAGAUGCGACGACCUCAAAUUUUAGGAACCCGACGAUGCCAUCCCACGAGCCCGACGACCGCUGUCGGGACCACAUCGUCGAAUUUCAGGGGCAAUAUUCCUAAACCACUGUCGAGCACUAAGUCGGUAAUGAGGGUACUUAUCGAAAACUCAGUUCCAAAAACAAACCCUAAAAGGAUUUUGCAGUAAAAAAGUAUUUUUAUCUUUUCCGCGGACGAUAAGUCAAUCACACUCAGAAUCGGUAAGCCUUCCGGUGUGUAUAAAUCUUUUACACUAAUACGAUUACUUAUUGAAACCUCUUUCUCAAAAACAGAUUGAGAGUGAGAUACUCUCGAUGAAAAGUGUUUUUAUCAUUUUUGUGAACACAACACGAAUCACACCCAAUUAUGGUAUGCCAUAGUUGUCAUGAUGAUUUCUGUAUUGGUACGGCGGUAAAGCAGAGACUAGAUCUACCGAAAUCAAACACGAAUCGCUAUAUGAAGCUUGCUACUACUACUACACUAUCCAAUCUUGGCGACGACACCGAUUUUUGGGCAAUAGAAAUAUCUAGAACUGAACCCGGGAACCAGAAUUGAGCAACACAAUACCAACUUCUGGUGCAACUCUUAGGUAAUAUUUCUACCAGGAAAGCUACUAAACCGUUGUGAUUGAUCAACAUAGACCAUUGUCCGCCUGGGAUUGAAUCGUCGGUUGAUAAACAUAGGUUUCUGUAGAAUGGCCAUGGUUCGGAUUGUUCAGACCCGUACAUAAGAUCGAUGGUAUAAGACAAUGACUCUGCUUCCCAAGACUUAUAAGCAUGACUUUUUUUGCGACGAUCUCAAUGGCAUAUUGUAAUAAGACUCGAUUACUUAAAUGAUUGUCAAGUAUCAAUAGAGGAUCGACUCCAUUUCUUAAAGCAUUGAAAAUAGCACAGCAUCGGUGUCUUAGGGCACUGUAUUCUCAUUGAUAAAGUACACUGCUAUCUAUUGUUGAUUAACGAACCCCUGGUUCUAAAAUCGCCUAAAGAGUCACUCAAAAUAUCACGUAUAAGACUACAUUUUUAUGUCAGGAACUGUACGAGCCAUAAUACAUUUUCGACAGGUUCAAUAAACAAAAAUGCAAAAGGCUUACAAAGUGUUACCCUAUCAAUGACCGUGAUGGUAAGAUCUACGACGAUUCCACGAUAGAGUGGUACUAUGACAUUUCUGUAUAAUUACUUUUUGAGGCAUAAGUGAGAAUAUUCUUCAUUUUUCAAACGUACAGUGGGAAAAUGCGAACUUCCCAUUGGUUACUUGGAUCCCGGUAGCCACCGCUAUUGUUUGGUACCGUAUGCAAUCAGAGCCUUAAGAACUGGAUUCCAAAAGAGGCCCAAGGUUUUGCCUCUGUGCAAUUUCUAUGGAUGAUAGGUCUCGGCUUUGCGGAUGAUAUUUCUCUCGGUUCUUUUUUGUAGGACCUCCCAAAAAAAUUCACUCACUGGUACCGGGUCAUCGGCGUUAUCGACGGUCGGUAAAAAGUUACUCUAACCGUGGGGACAGUACGGUAGCGUACGCAGGUUUUUGUAUUCGCAUUGUAAUACUUUCAUUUUUCUUGCGAACUCAAAAACUGCGUUUCGACAGGCGAAAAUCAAGGCACACAAUUUCAAGCGUUGGAUUCUUACAAACACGUGCAAACCACACUACAAAACCAAAUUAUGUGUAUCAACCAAGACAAGAAAUCCAAGAGCAGCCGUCGACGACCGCGGUCUUCGGCUGGAUCACCGACAACAGUGUUCGGCAACAUGGACAUUGUAGACAAACUUCACAAGGGUAUGCAAAACGAACAACCGGCGUCCCCGAAGACAACAUCUGAGAAAAGAAAGACGAAAAAGAGCAGCAGCGCUUCUCGGAAAGGAAAAUCAGUCAGUUUCUUCAAGGAAGUCACUGUGCGACAAGUCCUUCACAAGAACAACUUCACCGAAGAAGAAAUCUGCGACAGCUGGUUCCAAGCAGACGAAUACACCACCAUCCGAAAGAGCGUGCUAAAAAACCUUGACCUCGCCAAGAUGGAUCUUUUUCGAGAGGGACCAGAAUCGACGUACCGGGGCCUCGAAAAAUACACGAGCACCGGAGGCAUCAAAGAAUCGAUCCGUCGUCGCCGCCAGGACGCCAUCUGGUCCGUCCUGGACGAACAAGACCUGCAGGUCGACAAGGCCGAAGAACAACAACUGACUUAUUUGGUCUACGACGACAAGGCCAUCCGUGAGGUCUACAAGAAGCACUGCCGCCCCACUAUCGAUGCGGCACGCUGUGCGGGAAGACUCGACGCCCAAGCUGCCUCGUACGAGAACGAACCGUUCGAGCAAACAAGAUGCCCCACCGACAGCAAGUCCACGCCGCCCGCUGCUAAAAAGAAAACCCCGGCCUCGAUCCGACGAAUGGGCGCUCCGGAUACAUCCCCGGGCGCUGCUCCGCUGAUACCGAUGGCCGCAUAACUCAUAAGCAAUAACAACUGUAAUACUAUUAUAUUCCAUCCAAAUGCGAAUGAUCCUUUUCUACAAGAAUUGAUAGACUAGACGUGCUUGGCUGUUCCAAACGACACAAGAUCCUCCAGUGGUUGAAGUUCUACAGAUUUUACAAACG